GGUACGAGGUAAAUCCGCCAUAUUGCCAGUUUUAAAGGUUGACACUGUCAAAGGAAAAAAGUUGCCAAAAAAUGACAAAUCAGCGGCGUUGUCUUGAUUGUUAAUAACAAGGGGCAUCAUAGUGCAUACAUCUUGUUCAAAGUCCCUUUCAAGUAUAACCACAGUUGAUAUUAUGGCAUAAAGCACCAGUGGAGUAGUAAACCGUGACCAGUAUGAAGCGUAAUGGUAAAGUAUCCCCCAUGGAGGAAGAGCUGGUACCAAAUGACACGGUGGAGUUACAGCAUGUGAUCCAAGCUGAAAGUGUUCAGGAGACGGGAGCUGUACAAAUGCCACCUUGUGAAACAGAAGAAGAUUUAGAAUUAUCAGAUUGGAUCCCAAAACACAUCAAACGGCGAGAAUGUUGCAGUUUUAUGGAGAAACCUUCAAAGAAAGGAGCCGAUGAUGAAACUCCUGAUGAAAAGAAGGUGUGUUACUGCGGUCGUGAAAAACAGGCCCACACCCCAGAAGCACGGGAGUCCAGCAUUCCAGACAAAUGGACUGUUCACUCACACACCAAACACUUACCUACUAAUGCCUUCGGUGAGGUGGAGUUUAAGAUGUUCAAUGACAGAUCAGGGAAGUAUGUGCGUGUGGCUGGAGACACCAACAUGGAGAUCAUGACAGAGCUGUUGAUGGACAAGUGGAACCUGGAGCUGCCAAACCUUCUCAUCUCCGUCACAGGGGGCGCCAAAAACUUCACCAUGAAGCCGAGACUGAAGGAGGUGUUUAGGAGGGGUCUUGUGAAGGCAGGACAGAGUACAGGUGCCUGGAUUAUUACUGGUGGUAUGAACGCUGGGGUGAUGAAGCACGUCGGAGAAGCGGUUCUAGACUAUACGGUCGCAGCGGGGUCGCGGCAGAAACUUGUCACCAUUGGCAUCGCCACUUGGGGAUGCGUUGCCAGCAAAGAGCAGCUGACAGACUUGGCGGCUGGAGACAAGAAAUCAGAGGGUUUGUGGCCAGCCAUGUACAAACCCCAGAAGAACAACAAGCGAGCUGCGUCUCUGGACCCCAACCACACCCACUUCAUCCUGGUGGAUCAGGGGACAGAGCUGAUCUUUGGAGAAGAGAUUGACUUCAGGGCGGCACUAGAGAACGAGAUUGCCAAGCAGAAGAAUGCUGUGGACACAACUAUUCCUAUAGUCCUGGUGGUGGUGGAAGGAGGUCCAGGCACCAUCCACACUGUUCACAGCGCCAUCAUGAAUGGGACACCUGCAGUCAUUGUGGACGGCUCUGGCAGAGCAGCAGACAUCUUUGCUUUUGCUUACAAGUUUUCUCGAGAAGUUGUCAUCCCUGUUGUUGAUCAGACUGGGGCUAAGAAAUCUAAGACUAUCACAGUGAUAGACGAGUUCACUGACAAGAAAAUCACUGAGAUGGUGAAAGAGGAAUUUGGAGAAACGAAUCUGAUUCAGAAUGUGACGUAUAUUAAAGAGUCCCUGAUCCAUCGUGACUUGGUGACAGUGUUCACUAUAGACCAGAGGGAAACGGCCAAAGACAUUGAUGUGGCCAUUCUGCAUGCUUUACUGAAAGCCAAUCGCAAUGAGACAUUGACACAACUGCGUCUGGCCUUAGCUUGGAACAGAAUAGACGUGGCUGAGUCAGAAAUCUUCACAGACGACUACAAAUUGGACCAAGGUGGCUUCAAUCAAGUCAUGCAAACUGCUGUACUGGCUGGAAAGGUGCAGUUCAUCAGCCUCUUUUUAGAUAACGGUAUUAACCUCCAUGACUUCUUGACAAUGGAGCGACUAGAAGAUCUAUAUGACAGUAUUCCAGAAAAUAGCUACUUGAACACCUUGAUUGAUUUAUUCAGGGAUCCUAAAAGAAAGGGUAUGUGUGUCAAUCUUUAUGACAUCGCCAUGGUGAUCCAGGAACUGAUGGGGGACUCCUACUCUCCUCUUUACACCAGAGAUCCCAGAUAUUAUGGUGAAGAUGAUGAGGAAUCACAGCUGCCAAUGAGGAGACACUCCAUGACUGAAGGACACAUGUCUACAGCAGCAUCCAGCAGUGAUUUAGAUCAAAACCAUGAGUAUUUUGAUGUCCCUGCUCGAGAGCUGUUUGUGUUUGCAGUGCUCAUGAACAGAAUGGAAAUGUCGAAACUGUUCUGGGAGAGACUGGAGGAACCAAUAGGAGCUGCACUGACUGCCGCCCAGAUGUUACAGACCAUGCAGAAACACACGGAGGACACAGAACUCCAGUCUAAACUAAGGAAACAUGGACAAUACUACGAGGAAAUUGCUUGUGGCGUCCUCAACGAGUGCCAUUUAUCUGACGAGGCUCGUGCCUCGCAGGAACUCUUGAUUCGAGAACUGCCAAACUACGGGAACUCUACAUGUCUCCAGCUCGCUGUGGAGGGGGACAACAAGACAUUCAUCUCUCAUGCCUGCUGCCAGUCACUGCUGAACCAGAUCUGGAUGGGGAAGAUGUCUCACAAGAAUAAGUUGUGGAGGAUCUGGCUCUCUAUUCUGUUUCCUCCAUUGCUGCUGGGGUUGAUCUACUUCAGGGAAGAUGAGCAAAGUAGGUUUGCCAACAAGAACAAGGGCAAGCAGGACAACCCAAGAGGCCUGAAGCGUCAACGAUCUGCUUAUCCAAUCAAAAAGAAGGCGAGUGACGCAGGUCCUGGAGCAAAGAAUCUCGGAGAUGAAGGCUUAGACAUCCGAAAUACUGGGCGUAAACUGACCUGGUACGACAGGAUUAGGUUCUUCUACAACGCCCCCCUCACAACUUUUCUGCACAACUGUAUUUCAUAUCUCUGUUUCCUGAUGCUGUUCAGUUACAUUCUCCUCACCAACUUCUAUCCCACUGUCUCCACGGCCGAGUACAUUCUCAUGGUGUGGGUUUUCACUCUCCUCGUUGAAGAGGUGCGCCAACUGCUCGCAGACGAUGCCUCGGUGUUCCGCCUGAAGUUAAUGAGCUACAUUUAUGAUGCCUGGAAUGUCGUGGAUGUCGUGACGCUGUUGUUCUUUCUCACGGGUACUGUGCUGAGGUUGAUUCCUGGGUGCGAGGGCUGCUUCGAGGCGGCAAGGAUUGUGCUGGCUCUGAAUCUGAUGACGUUCUGGUUCAGAAUUCUCCACAUAUUUUCAGUGCAGAAGACCCUGGGGCCAAUGCUUGUUAUGAUUGGAAGAAUGGUGAUAGAUCUGCUUGGUUUCUUUGUAAUCCUGAUGGUAUUUGUGCUGGCGUAUGGCCUGGCGUCGCAGGCUAUUCUGUAUCCUAACGUGGACCUUACACCAGUGAUUAUUGUGGACGUGCUGAGGAAAGCAUACUGGCAGAUGUAUGGAGAGCUCUUCUUAGAGGAUAUUGAAGGUAUCACUGACUGUACGACAGACCUGGCUGGUAACAGUACGUUGCCGCGCUGUCCAUCAGAGGCAGGGACCUGGGUGACCCCCAUACUGCUAGGCCUGUACAUCUUGUUCACCAAUAUCCUCAUGUUUAACCUCCUUAUUGCCAUGUUUAGCUACACAUUUGAUAAGGUGAAGGAAAACACAGACCAUUACUGGCACUACCAGCGCUACUUCCUCAUUUACGAGUACCACACGCGUCCCCCUCUGGCCCCGCCCCUCAUUAUCUUAUCCCAUAUUUACCUCUCCAUCCGUACCGUACUGAGAAUUUGCUGUAAGAAAGCCCAUAAUGCUGGGAAACGCAAUGUGUUCAAAUGGAGAAUUAAGGACGAAGGUGUGUCUAAACGGCUCAAUAAAUGGGAGUUUAUGAACGGAGAAGAGUUUAUACGAAGGCGUGCCCAUCUGCACAAGGCAACGAUGGAAAUGCAGGUCAUGGACAGUAAGAAUAUGCUGGAGACUGCCUCUGUGAAUGUGGAGGCAUUAAAGGAUGCGAUGUUAGGGAUGAGGUCCAAGCAGCAAGCCCUGGCAAACAAAGAGCCAUCUUACCUGGAAGAAAGGUUCAACUCCAUUGAAGAACAGCUGGAAACCACAUUCCAAGCUCUCCACUGGAUUGUCCAGAACAUGAGUGGACAAGCCAAGGGCAACCCUCCAAAACUGCAGGACCCCAAGCAGAGGAAAAUAGAAGAGGAAGAAAAGAAGAAUGAUCUGGCCAAGCAAGAGAAGGAACGUUACAUGAUGAUGUUAUCGGAACAAGUGCGUCUUCACGUGAAGAGUCGCACAUCUCCAUAUCCAGAGGCAGGGCCCGAUGUGAAAAGAUUUCAAGUACCAGAUGCCAAUGUCCCCUGGACAGUCCCAUUCCCUGAGUACAGUCCAACAGAAUACACCAGUCCAGUAGUGUUGGAGGGUCCUGAUUGGGCAGACCCUGAUAUUCUCAACAGCAAACCUGAGAAGAAGCUGAGUUUCAAUGAGUAUGACAAAACCUACAAAGUGAACAGGAAAAGCUUCGAAGGGCAGUACAAGAUAGACAAGAAUGGCCUGCCUCUCAACCCCAAGGGUAGGACGGGACUGAUGGGGCGCGGACUGCUGGGACGCUGGGGACCAAAUUUCAGCGGUGACCCUGUUGUUACCAGGUGGAAACGUGGUGAAAAUGGCCAGAUUGUUGUUGAAGAUGGACGAAAAGUGUUAGAAUUUGUGGCUAUUCAACACAAAGAUGGCAACCGUGAAUGGGGCAUCCCAGGGGGUAUCAUCCAGCCUGGUCAAAAUGUCCUGGACUGCUUGAGGAUGGAAUUUGCUGAAGAAGCUAUGGGUGAAGAUGCCGCAGAUUCUUCCCAACGCAAAAAUGAAAAGUUGGAACAGUUGAUACAGAAAGGACAGAAGGUAUAUGAGGGCUACGCAGAUGAUCCCCGGAAUACGGACAAUGCCUGGUUAGAGACCACAGCCUAUAAUUACCAUGAUGAAGAGGGCAAGAUACUGGAAACCUUGAACCUGAAGGCGGGGGCUUCAGUUGAACAUGUUGCCUGGCAACCAGUGAGCUCCAAGAUUCAGCUGUAUGGAGGCCACCUGAACACGCUCAGACAGGUGGCACUGAACAGAAACGCAGCUUUUUAAAACCAUGAAGGGCAGGCGAAGGGACUCCCUACAUUUUAAAAUGGCAGAUGCAGUCACCUCGUAAUAAAUGUAAAAAGACUUUGUACCUGAUCGAGGCAAACAUAACAACCGCUGAAUGCCCAACUGCAUCAUGAUUGCCAAUAUGUUUCAUGUUCUGAAUUCUUGUGUCAAAGCACAAUAGGGUUGAACUCGAUAGAUUUUAGUGUGGAUCGAAAGGCUCUCCAAUUCUGGGCAAUAGUAAGGUCAACACCUGCGCUAUGUUUGAUGGGCACGUUUGGAAGAAAGAAAGUCUAGCUACUAGCUUGCAGUUACUCUGAGUACAUAAUGUUUUAAGUGUACUUUGUGUAACAGAGACAAAAUGCCACAAUUAUCAUCAUCGACUCAACCACCUUGAUCUGAAUGUUAUUUGUGGGGUACUCUGUAAUCGUGUUUGUGAGAUGUGCCUGUGUAGUAACUAAGCGUGAUAUUACGUAUGUUUUACCCAACUGUGAUAAAAAUUUACAUAAUCAAUUCUAUGUUUUAACAAAGGAGAAAUGAAAAUUUUAAAUGCCAAAAGAAUGUAGCAUAAAAGGAAGACAUUAUGAAACUGGAAGUGGAGUUUGAUAUUUACUUUUGUUGUUUUGUUUUGCUCAUCAUUGAAAUUCAUGUACUGUCCUCAUAGUGCAUUGGUAUACAAUGAAUGUUGUAUGUAAUUGUAUAUUUGUCUGCACUAUUCUUCUUUCAUGAAUUCUCUUAAGAGAACUAGUUUAUAGUCAGGGUAAUCUAUUAUAUGAUUAUUUAUCCAAGAUGUAUAUGUAAUCUCCGUCCAGUAUUUGCAUAAAUUAAUCAGGGUUGAAAUCUUGUUGGAAUGUUUAAUAAAUAACAUGACAUUAAUCAGUACAACAAAUGGAAGGCAUAAUAUUUGUUUUUUUAUUUCAUUAUUUAGUUUGUUUGCCAUUAUUUUUUUAAAUAAUAUGCAUUUUGAUUUUAUAGAAAAACAUAACAUUCCAUAAAAUAUUUUUCUAGUGCUGUUGUAAACCAUAUUUAACAUAUACUAGUGUAUUACUCCGUCCGUCUGUAAAUUUUUAGUGCAUUUUUGAGGUGUAGGCCUUCAUCCACGACUGAUUAAAUGUAUAAAAUAAAUUAUACAUUUUUA